UUUACAGUGCGUGUGCUCCUUGUGGUGGUGCGUCCGCGCGUUCUGUGCUGCUGCCCGCGGUAAUUUUUCGCUGGGCUUUCACCCGUGGCGUUUCGCUCACGGUGCGGGGAUGCGUCUUCUCCCUGCUUGACCGGCGGCUGCCCGGCCGUGGAGAACAACACUGGAGGGGACGACCUGCCGCCGUCCGGCAAUGGAGUUGCCGGUGCUGAACGUCGCUGGGGAGGUGACCUUCCUCAUGCAAGCCGGGGUAGUUCGCGACACGGUCACCAUUGACGCCACUGAGAUGAACCUCAAGUCACUCAAGGACACUGCGUGCAACUUUGUCCACAAGAGGCUGCCGGAGCACGGCCUGAACAGGCUGAGUGAGCGGCUGCUCCUGUUCCGGCACGACUACAACAGUGAGAACAUUCUGCUGCCCAUCAAUGCUGCUUCUGAUGUGGCCGAGGGCACCCUGGUGGAGAUUGUCGUUUCAGCCCAAAACCCGAGUGACGAUGUCCAGAUCCGGCCGCACUCACUAACGGUGCACUCGUACAAGACGCCCACCUUCUGCGACUUCUGUGGCGAGAUGCUCUUUGGCCUGGUCCGGCAAGGCCUGAAGUGCGAGGGCUGUGGGCUCAACUACCACAAACGGUGCGCAUACAAGAUCCCAAAUAACUGCAGCCACACACGGCGGCGGCGGUCCUCCACCUCGAUGUACCCUCGGAGCCCAACGGAAGCAAUCCAACGGACUGCAUCUAGCGCAGCUACCUUCAGUGACGAUCACAAUGUGUUGCUCAGCAGUGGGAGCAGCUUGUCGUCCACUUCGCGAGAGAAGCGGUCCCCGUCGCUGAACAUGGGGCGUCCUGUCUGGGUGGAGCGGGAGCUGGCGGGCCGCAUCUGCAUACCGCACACGUUCGUGGUGCAUUCGUACGCCAAGCCGACGGUGUGCCAACACUGCAAGCGGCUGCUCAAGGGCCUCUUCCGUCAAGGGCUCCAGUGCAAGGACUGCAAAUUCAAUGUCCACAAGCGCUGCAUGGACAAGAUCCCCAUGGACUGCACGGGCGAGGCGCCCCGGGAGUGGGCAGAUGCCUCUCAGGACAACUCCGAGAGCAGCUCUGAGCUGGAGAACAACGGGGAGCGUGACAACGUGGAGGAUGACUCUGACACGGAGAGCGAACAGCACGAACCACGGCCACCGGUAGACAACCGUGAAGAUGAGCUGCCCAAGACCAACCUCGACGAGUCUGGCAGCAACAACAUCCCGCUGAUGCGCAUCGUCCAGAGCGUGCGGCACACCAAGCGCAAAGGUGGCGCCAAGCUCUUCAAAGAAGGCUGGCUGGUGCACUGUACAGACCGGGACCCCGUGCGGCGGCGCCACUACUGGCGCCUGGACAGCAAGGCCCUGACCCUGUUCCACUCGGACACGGGCUCCAAGUACUACCGCGAGAUUGCUCUGGCCGAGAUUCUGUCGGUGGACCCUCCCAGGAGGCCCGACAUUGGCUUCGAGCUGCGCACGGCUGCGGGUGCCACCUACCUGGUCGGCGAUGACCGCGACCAGGCACGCCCUUGGGAGUUGGCCCUGCGGCAGGCGCUCAUGCCAGGUCGCCCGGCAGGAGGACGAAGGCAACGGGCAGCACAACACGACCACAUUCAGACGAACAUUGACAUCAGUUUACGGUACCAGAUCUUCCCAGAUGAAGUUCUGGGAUCAGGCCAGUUUGGCAUCGUCUAUGGAGGUGUGCACAGAACAAGUAGCCGUGCUGUGGCCAUCAAGGUGAUUGACAAGCUGCGCUUCCCGACCAAGCAGGAGGCACAGCUAAAGAACGAGGUGGCCAUCCUGCAGAACAUCCACCACCCGGGGGUCGUCGACCUCGAGAAGAUGUUUGAGACAGCUGAGCGCAUCUUCGUCGUCAUGGAGAAGCUCAAGGGUGACAUGCUCGAAAUGAUCCUCUCUUCCGAGAAAGGGCGGCUCUCCGAGCGUACCACCCGUUUUCUCAUCUACCAGAUUCUGAUUGCGCUCAAGCAUCUGCACUCCAAGAAUAUUGUGCACUGCGACCUCAAGCCUGAGAACGUGCUGCUUUCCUCGGACUCGGAAUUUCCUCAGGUCAAGCUGUGUGACUUUGGCUUUGCCCGCAUCAUUGGCGAGAAGUCAUUUCGGCGAUCGGUCGUCGGCACCCCUGCAUACCUAGCACCCGAGGUGCUUCGUAACAAAGGCUACAAUCGAUCCCUUGACAUGUGGUCCGUCGGUGUGAUCAUCUAUGUCAGUUUAAGUGGGACAUUCCCGUUCAAUGAAGAAGAAGACAUCAACGACCAAAUUCAGAAUGCAGACUUCAUGUACCCCCCCAAUCCGUGGAAGGACAUAUCCCCAGAAGCGGUUGACCUUAUCAACAACUUGCUCCAAGUGAAGACAAGGAAGCGCUACACGGUGGACAAGUCCCUAGUCCACACCUGGCUGCAGGACUACCAGACAUGGUGCGACAUUCGCGAGCUGGAAAGCCAGGUUGGGGUUCGGUACCUGAGCCACGAGUCAGAUGACUCGCGCUGGGAGGCGUAUCGGCGCGAGAAAGGGCUGCAACCGCCGGCGCCCGCCCCGCCGUCCACUCCGGCGCAGUCGCAGCAGCAGUCGCAGCAGAGCCUCCACCACACUCCAGCACGAUCACGACUUUCGGUGCAACGGGAGGAAGAGUCGUCCCCAACGUGUGGUCGUGUUCGCCUCUGACCCUCUGCCGUCGCGGUUUCCUAUAUUUUUCCCCAAUGGGGGUAAAAGGGCUAGGGUAAGCAAGGUCCCGGUACGCAUCUGGAGGUAGCACCAUUUGCCGCUUUGGGUGUUUUGUUCUCUACGGUUAUCUCUGCUGCUGUCUCUCUUUCCUCACUACUGUUGGCAGUAAGACUACGAACAGCUUACAUAAUUGCCAAUUUCAAAGCCUUUUAUCAGCCAUAUUCCAUUGUGAAAGAGGAACGGAAGGCUAGAGAGGUAGAUGGUGGCAAGGUGAAAAAGAAAAUGGCGCUACCUUCAGGUAUUGCUGGACCAUGAGUGUAAAUGCAUUUACCGCACUGGGAGAGAAAGCUCGCCGCAGUGGUGCGUCUCAACCAGUCAUGAGGUCUUGCUGGUAUGUUCUUAGUCGACCACCUUCACCGGUGGUACACCCAUGUGGCACCACACAAAGGCAUGAACCUUAAUGUAGUCGUGAUUGCUUGCAGGCACCGUGAGCACCUUGGCUGCCUAUGCUGUAUUCAAAGCGCUCGGCAACUCCUUAGUGUGUGGCACUGAUGCAGCAGUGGAUUUACUUUGUGUUGCAGGCGUUCGUAACCCUUCUAGAGCUAAACAGUAGGCUGGUAAGUGCUCAAAUAGCAUUUUGGAUUAGUUUCUCUUAAACCUCAUAUUGUCAAGCACGACUCUCCUCUAUUAUUCAUGAAAAAGUGUAAAUGUACAGUCGUGAACAAUAUGAACACCGAAACCACCUUCAAGAGGUCAUAGUGGCUAGGUGCACAUAUCAAGCGCAAAAGUGUUUUUUUAUAACGUUAAACAAUCAAGUGGGAAAUUUUGUUUUGCAAAUCAGUAUGACAUAUUCGUAUGCGUGUGACCAGUAAUUAUUGCUUAAGCAUGAACUCAGUGUUUCGUCUUGUAUACACAAGUCUGCAGAAACCCCACUGAAACAUUUUGAAUUUGCUGCAACUAAACGGGGCAGAUUGUGUUGCCUGCUGUGUUAAAACUAGCGUCCGUUUGCCCACAAUGCAGGCAAGCAAUGCUGCCUGCUUUGUCGCAGGCAGAACCUUUUCUUUUGGGUUGGGCCUAAUCCUGAGGGGGUUAUUAUAAUCAUUCUGAUGAUUGCCUACAAUCAAUCAAUAAUAAUAUAGUAACGAAUCUGUUCACAUUCCACCGAGUAUUUCAACAAUGUAAUAACUGGUUGAAAAAAGGACUAGUUUUUUUACAACCUGUAGAGCCAGAACAAGCAUACCACGUGAAAAUUUUUAGGAAAUCAAAACAUACAGACGUCUCUCUUGGAUCUAGGCAGGACAUUCACAAGUGCGGUAUUUCACUUAAGUUGCUUCAUAAUAGUACCUAUGUGCAAUGAUGAUGAUGAAAACUUUGUUACUCCCAAAAGAGGGGACCGGCCAAGAGGUCGGUUACGCUGCUUAGAGCAAGUCAGCAGGGAUCACUUAAAACACGGCGGCCUCCAAUGCGCGUAAUUUGUGCACCAGCAGCUUAGCACUCUGUGUUUAUUGUGCAAGAGCCUUGCCAACUCAUUUCCUCCAUCAUAUCUUUCUUCUGCCUCAUGAUAGCGAAGCAGUGUGCAGUCCUUGCAGUGUUUGUAAUGGAAAGUUAUCGAACAUUUCAGCCAUGCCUAGCUCUACCAUCGCUUGCUGGCCUGUUGCUUCUAAGGUUCUCCCUUUUUUGUAUGUAUUAGCCAGCAAUAAAACCUUUAAAGGGGUACCAAUACCAAUUUACAGAGGUGAGUUUAGUCUGUCAUAAGAAUCUCCUGUAUACAGAGAUGGCCUAUAAGUGAUUAAAGUUUUAAGACAUUUUGUUUUGACAUUCAAGUAAUUUUGAUAUGGCACACCUACUGACAUUGACACUAUCAUGAUGUAAGGCUACUGUGUCAAUUAGAGCGACUUCACGAUGCUGUCCAGCUAAUUGUGAUGACGUCAGGUAUGAAAAACAUUGAAAAUAGCUGUUUGUACGUAACCAACGUAGCUACGAAGCGGGGCAGCUGUAGAAAUAUCACGACAUCUAGCGCGAGCACUUGAUGAGAAGCGCAUAUGGUGUUGUGCUGUCAGGGUACAGUAGGAACCGAAACUAGCUUUUAAAAACAUGCUGUGAUUACUUUUUUAGGCUGCAAGCUCUUACCAGUUCAUUUUCUAGGCUCUUGAAGGCCUGGCCUUUCAUGCGACAUUAAAAAGAAUACUAGUAUCGAAAUCUUUCGUGUCAAUAACCCUAUAGACCCUUUCACUGUUUACAAACAGAGGCCAUUGAUCACAUCUGAUUUUGCCUACCGGCGUGCCUUAAUAGCAUCGGUGAACAACAGAAGCUUUAGAAUAUAGCCCGCUGAUUUUCUACGGUUUCCUUUUCUUAUUUGGCAAAAUAUAUUCAAAUGUUCUUUUGAGCUACGUAAAAUUUAUAAAAGAUUUCUUGUACUUUAUGCACAUUCAUUUUAUGUGAAAAACGAAAGAGAGACUUUCCUUAUCAUUGAAUAGAACUUUAAAACGUGCUUUCAGUUUCGAUGUUAGGCGCUGGCAAAUGAGGUGACGGGAAGUUUUUGGGAUACAACUCUUGCAACCUUGAAACCGUCUAUAACAUACCAUUUAUCGCAUGCAAGAUGCUUUCAAGGCCACAAACUUUGCACAUUCAAACCAUAAAUCUGCUUUGGUAGCAUUCAGUGGAAGAAUGAAAUGAAACUAUGCGUCCAAGCUGGACUAAAGAUGAAAUGUACUGAACACGAGAUCAAGUUUUACCUGUAAGCACUUUCAUCCUCCUUCACAACAAUCUAACACUGUUAGAUUAUCUGAUGUAAAGGUAUGAUUGCGCUUUACAUCCAACAGGGGCGUUGCAAGAAUUUUUCUCUCAAUUGACACUACAAAUCGAAAACUCUUCAAGCUUUAGUGCUAUUAUGUAUGUGCCUUGCAAAAUAGGCUUGGGUUUAUUCGUUGAGUGCCCCCAAUCGAUUGAUUUAUUUGUCAAAUAGAAAUGCUCACCAUGAGCAAAUCAUCAUUAUUAUUAUUUUUUGUAAUAUAGUUUGGUAGCAGUUUGAGGCUAUGAAAAGAACACACAUCAUUGUGAUUUUAUUGAGUAGGUUUGAUUUAGUUGUUGCAAAGCUACAUGAUCUUGUGGAUGCUCAAGUAAUCUUCAGCCGACAAUACUUAUGCAUACAGGGUUCAGCUGCAGCCAUUUUGAAAGAUCUGCAUAGGGUCCAUGUCAAGAGUAGGCAACCUUGUCUUAGAAGACCCUAACUGAGCACUUCUCUCUGCUAAAAUCUCGUGCAAACAUUUUUCUUUAUUUAUUUCUGCUCUACCUCUGAAACCAUUACUCGGAUGUUCUUUUCUAACUUGUUUUCACAGAGGUGCUGACAGGGUAUUUGUGUACGGUGCCAAGUCUUGCCUGAAGGUUACAGCGAAACCACAUCAGGAUGCAGACAUGCUGUUAGUACUGUUGGUGCACAUACAAACAGACAUGCGGCCGGAACUGCAGCCUAGGUAUAGAUUCUCUAAAAAAUGUAUACCUAAGCCAUUUACUGACAGGAGAGCUUACUCAAAAAAAGAAAAUUUCACCGAAGAAUGAGGAUAGCCUCGAGCGCUUACAACAGGCAUUGCCCAAGGGCUGGAUGAUGGUUUUUUGACGUCUUUAGUGAUAAUUUUGUCCACUUCACUAUCAAUUACUUGACGUUCCUAUUGAAAUACACGAUAUGAACGCCAGCGUAUAGGACUGGCAUCAGAAGUGUUGAUCCGGUGAGUCACGACAGAUUUUUGGUCGAGAGGGUGGUUGUCAAAGUCGAAAAUGUCGCGAUAGGAUGUUAGCAGAUGACGGAGACCAGUAGCUUGGACUAGGGUGAGAUCGGGAGCGAUCAUCUCGUUAAUGUCAUCUGGAGGCUGAGUGUAAUUACCAUCAUGACAUGAAGAUGUAGCAUUAGUGUCCAAACCAACUGUCAACCAGAGCUAUGGCAGCCAAACACAUGUCUUGCGAUAUAACCUUGGUUAACAAUAUUGGCACUGCAUGUGUCUAUCGAGUAGAAACGUGCACUGUAGUAAGCUUUGAUGAAGGCUUUGCCAAGGUGUUCCCUAUCUACAACAUGUGCAUAGCCUUUUAAUGUGGUUGCAAAUUCGAUCGAAAUGGCCAAGUGACCAUUUUAUUCCAUCAUGUUUUGGGUGGUAGUUGUGCGACUCGCAUAUGAUGUGGUGACAUCUGAACAUUAAGAAACCUACUUAUACGCCUGCUGUAUAUUGUCAAUGACGCAGCACUGUACCAAGUGCAUUACUGGUUAAAAGGCUAAAUAAAUCAUUUACAUGAGGGGUUAGCUGUUACAUUUAGAAGGAUGCUAGACAACAGAAUAGGAGCUGCGUUAGUAAAUUGGACGUCCAGUACUUCAUGAAAGCCUACCAUCUAAACCUAAUGUUAGGCGACGCUUGGAGCUCGCCUUUGGGCUGACGAUGCAAGUAUCUUUAAGGUGUUCCACUGUUGAAAAAAAAAAUUAUAAUGUUAUGGAUAAUCUAUGUUGAAGUCUAUUAAACUUUUGAUUCUGAAAUCGGACUGUAUUUUGUGCUGAAGGAGCCAAGGACAAAACUUGGAAAGUUUUAAGGACUUUUACAGUGCCAUAGCUUUUUGGAAUGCAACAAAAAAAUGUAUAAAUUCACAUCGCCUCUUUUUUUUUUUUUCAGCACCGUUUUCAAAAACCAGAAGCUUAGUUUUCAGCCUGUUUUCUGUAGUAGCUGCUGCCACAACACUAAGAAGAUUAUCAAAGAACAUUCUUAAUAUUCUGAACUCAUUCUUGCAUUUGUGCCUCUUUCUAAGCACUCUGUACUAGCUCCGCAGCAUUUGUGUGCCUGGUAGCUGUUGCCACGUUGAGAAGGCUAGUAGAAGUGAGAUGCACAAGUCGAACUGUUUACCAGCAAACGACUUUGUGACUGGUUGAACAGCACUAGUGCACUUUCUUUCAACUUUCCUAGGCUGUCUGCGAGUGAAGUGAACUACACAAAAAGCAAUGCAGGGCGUGGCCGCCGACAUGACACGAUGGGCUGCAUGCACAUGUCGCCCACUACGCAUACGCAGUGCACAUGUGCAGUUGUCAUAGGAAAGGGGUCUCAAACAUGGCUGAGCUGGCGGGCCGGAGUCAUGAAAUUUAGUGUCACGCGAGGGCCAGGAAGGUACGAGAGUAGUUUGUACAUAAUGUGAGGUAACAUUGCCUUUUCAAAUAAGACUCUUUCGAAAACUUAUAUAUGGAUCAUUUCUGAAGGGAACUUAACAUAUUUGCACAGUGCAAGAAAACGAGUGGUUACGGCAUAACUGCACAAGGAAAAGACACUGGACUUCCCAUGGAGGCAGAAAUGUUGUAGGCCCGUGUGCUCAGAUUUGGGCGCACGUUAAAAAACCCCAGGGGGUCGAAAUUUCUGGAGCCCUCCACUACGGCGUCUCUCGUGAUCAUAUGGUGGUUUUGGGACGUUAAACCCCACAUAUCAAUCUAGAGACACUGGACGCAGUUACCCCGUAACUACUCGUUUCCUUGCGCUGUGCAAAUAUGUUGAUUCCUAAUCACCAACUAGCCCAAGCAUCUGUCUUGUGAAGAGAACUUGAUGCCAACAUAUUGGCAACAAUCUCCAAAAUGACUAAAAUCUGGACACCGAUUCCAUGGUUAUAUUUCAACACAAUGAAACCGUGUAGAAUGCCUGACGGUAAAAAGAACACUUGAGACAAGUCGGGUGUAUUAGUUGACGAGUCAUGAGCGCACUCAUUAACAAAAAAUGUAUAUAUAUAUAUAUAUAUCUGUAGAGCAAAGACAGUGUUGAUGUGUGGGUCAGCCAGCUGGCAAAAAGUCCAAAGGCCGUGCGUUUGAGACCCCUGAUUGCAGGUGUUGCACGAGAAUCCCCAGCCGUCCGUCCCUCUCCUUGGUUGUGCUGGUUGCGCUUGCUCUGCAGCUGCAGUUGAUGAAAUCCUUUUGCAGCACUGCGGAAGAUGGCUGUUACAUUUAGUACACAUGCUCACUAGCGAGUUAUAGGCACCGGCCCAUGCAGAUUAGCUUGGCAGUGAGAGACUUUGCAAGAAUCGAGCCCUCAGAUUUUGUUGUUGUUGUUUAGUAACAUGCAAUGCCAACCAGGUCUUGCUUGUGGCAGACUUUUUUCUGACCUUUUCUACUUAAACGGUUCACGAUUUUGUGUGACAGUGUUUGCUGCCUCACGGCUUACCUACUUUAUUUGAAUAUUCGUGGUAGCGACAGAUCUGCUCAGUGUUGGUGGUGCCACCUGAUGGUUUCAACUGAUUGUUGGAAAGUGAGAGCUGAGAAUUCGCUAGCAUUUUUUUUAAUCAUCAUAUCAUCCAAAGAUGUGCCGACAGAUUGGGUGAAAAAUUACGUGAAAGCCAGCCGUACGCUGGUCAUUCAUCCACUAAGUCGGGUCGGCAAAAGAGUGAAGGCAACAUCUGCAAUGACCAUUGUUCAAGCUGAGCAGCUUCUGUAUUUACGGAGUACUCUAACCCAAUUACUGCAGACUUCAAACGAGGAGCUGAUACUGUCGACACAGUGACCAAAGCACAGUGCUGUUUGUAUAGACAGCCAACAAGUGAUGGUCGUGAAGACAACCUUGCCAUUCCUUGAAGAGUGUCCUUGAAGAGUUUAAUGGGUUUUUGUGUUUGCUUUGUUGUGGCAGCUGAGUUAUGCUAACUCUGCAUGGGGGGGGAGCCGGCAGUGAAUUCUGGGUGUGCUUCACAGUGGAUAGACUCUGACGUGCAAUCAACCAACUGAAUCCAACAAAGAUGACUUGUGAGAGGGCGGGGUAUUGUAGAUUGAACAUGUUCUAGUUUUUUAGUAAUAAGACUACGACUUUCUUUGCCGCCGAACUACAUGUACUGCACAGAAAUGACGAACAGGAGUGGUUUCAAGGCCCUGUGUAGGCUACUUUGCAUCUUUUUUCUCAAGAUUCUAUUGCUGGUCUGCCACUUCUUUGGACUGCAGGCUACCGGGGUAAGCUGGCUCAUACUGUUAUGCAAGGUCUAAAAGAGUGGGACGGAUUUUUGUGUUUCGCGAGGGGAACACCGGCGACUAUGGAACAGCUGCUGUCUAUGUGAACAACGAACAAAUGUGACUCAAGCACGAAUUUCUCCCUGUUCAGCCUUCCUACAAGUGUUCAGUCAUUCCGGCACCCUUAGGGUUAUUGCAUGAAACACUACACUAAACAGCAUUUCUUGACAUCCAACAUUUUUUCUUCCUUUUACCUACAAGUGCAUUCCAUAAUUCUGAACUGUGCAAAAGACACAGGUCAACAAAUGGAUGGGACUCAUGAAUUUUUCUGAAUGUUUUAACAAUGUGAAAGUGGCUACAUUAGUAUCGAUCUCAUGAGCAGCACUUGAGCUUGUUGGCACAUGAAGGCUGUGAAACAGCAUUAAGUUUAGCCGAGUAUAGAGCUAGCGGUUUCAUAAAGUCUUGUCUUGCGUCCUCUGUGAUUACUAUUGGUCACUUGAUUUCACUGCAUGUAAACCCUUUAAUAUAGUCACUAAGCAAACAGAUUUGAAUGAAUGAGACAAAAUAACUGGUCAGUAGAACAUUUGGUUACUACAAGUCAUGUAGACCCAAAGCUCUUAAUAUUUUAUCCCCGAGCAUAUCGUUACGAGAUGAAAACGUGAACAUUUUUCUUUUGGCUAGGUUCUUAAUAACUAAGGAGUGGUUUAACAGCAGUUGUUAGCGCCAGCUUCUCAUAAGUGAUUUUUGAGGAUGCCAGCUAGGUGCAUUCUUUAGCUGAACUAGCCAAGAAAUGCUGUUGCGCUAAAAUAGAGUUCAGCAUUGGCAGUGUUGUUUGUCAGAGCUCAACCUUUUCGUUCACCUGUGUCUCUUGUGACAUUUGCAGUUGUGCAUUGAAAGCAAGGUGCCCAGUUCUCUCUCACUGCAUUCCACAUUGCAGGUGUGAUUUCUUGUUUUUCUACAAUGCAGCUGACCCCUUUUGGUAUUUCUUAGCAUAGCUGACGUGGCAUUGCUCCGGUGAUCAGUGAGACCAUAACUCUACAUUCCUUACUUUAUACAAGUGGCACGGAGCGGCUAAGGACAAUCCAGAAAAAAGGCACAAUUUCCGAUGUCUCCCGACUGCCACAACAUCUCCACACAUCCCCGGGCUGUGCAUUUUCAGCCGUGGCAUUUUGAGCAAAACUUGUUAGAGAGUGUGUAUGUUAGAAUGGCAUGUGUUCUGUAAUCUCUUGCCUGUAUUUUGUUUUUCGUAUUCUUUUGAUACAUCAUACAAGCACGUUGCAUAAAGGUCUCUACACAAAUUGCA